AAUGCUUUCGUGUCAUUGGCUAGACUGUGUCCCGCCCCACCAAGUCAUCCAAUCCACUAUUGGUCCAGCUGAAGAAUUUGACUGGGGUUUAAGGUCUGAGCGGCGAUGGCGGCAGCCGCAGCUAGUAGGGUAGUUGGGGCAAAGCUGGGCCUGCGUGAGAUUCGCAUCCACUUGUGCCAGCGCUCGCCUGGCAGCCAGGGCGUCAGGGACUUUAUCCAGAAACGCUACGUGGAGCUGAAGAAGGCGAACCCUGACCUUCCCAUUCUAAUCCGGGAAUGUUCUGAUGUUCAGCCCAAACUGUGGGCCCGCUAUGCAUUUGGCCAAGAAAAGAAUGUCUCCUUAAACAACUUCAGUGCUGAUCAAGUCACCAGAGCCCUGGAAAAUGUGCUAAGUGGCAAAGCUUGAAGCCUUCACUGAGGAUUAUGACCAAGAGCCCCUGAACCUGGGCUCUGCAGGACAGUACAGUGGGAAAAUGUGUUCUCUUAUAAAGCUUGUGCUGUAAAAUACUGA